AUGCAGCGCCUGAGCAUAUUCAAGCUUUUGGUGCUUGGCGUCUCCGCUGCCGAAGCCCGUCCUCUGGCCGUCACCACCGGCAGCGUUGGCACCCCUGACGGCCGGACGGCGGAGGUCGAUGCCCUCCCUCUCGGGAAAGCGGAACAGCUGACUCACCCCUUGUUGAGAAUGGGCCCCGGGCCAGCCAUCUCUACUGAAGCUCGUGCUGUCCAACUACCCGACGACGCCACGAGGGACCGCACGUCCCAGCCCUUUAGGCUCAUCAGGGGACCUGGACCCACCACCGCUAAAGGUCCCUAUCCUGUAGGAGUGCAGACAGACCCUUCGUGUCGGCCCUUCAAGGUUAUCAGGGGACCUGGGCCGACCACUGCCAAGGGACCCUAUACUUUAGGAAUGCCCACGACUGCAGAGCAUAUGCCAAAAGAGAAGCCCAACGUCGCCGCCUCGACUAUCCCGACGGAUGAUGUCAAUAAAGCAGCUUCGAGUGGAACUAUAUUCGACAAGAUCGGUGUUAACAAUCAGUAA